UUCUUCUUCGCUUCCCAAGACAAAAAUAUCUCCUUUCUUUUCUUUUCCUCUCCUUCCCCCAAUCUAAAUCCCCAUGGACCCUUCUCCUUUCUCCAUGUUCCCACCUCACUCCAUCUCUCCUCCGCCCAUCGUCCCCGUCAUCCCCACCACCACCAGCACCACCAGCACCACCACCGUCUAUGCUGUCAACCCCACCACCACCAGCACCACCACGGCCGCCUUUGUUGCCAACCCCACUCCCACCACCCCUGCCUCCCUCAACCACCCGACUUACUCCGAGAUGAUAUAUGAGGCGAUUGGGGCUUUGAAGGAGAGAGACGGGUCGAGCAGGAGGGCUAUAGCUAAGUAUAUUGAGGGAGCCUACAAGAACCUGCCACCGACGCACUCGGCCUUGUUGACUCACCACUUGAAGCGGUUGAAGAGCAAUGGUCAUCUGGUGAUGGUCAAGAAGUCUUACAAGCUUCCUAGAUCUGACAAUCAUCUUCCGGAAGCUUCGGCUGCAGAUGCGGCUGCUGUCCCUGUCCCUACUUCUGAUGCGGCUGGGCCUAAGAGAAGUCGUGGUAGGCCUCCCAAAUCCAAGCUCACAACGACUCCAGCGGUCGAGCCAAUUUCUCAGUCCGUUGUGGUUGGUUCCGGGCAGGCUGACGCUGGUGGGAGCAAUGUUCAGCUUCAGCCUGCGGCUGAGGUGGUUAAGAGGGCUGCUGGUGCUGGUCGUCGGAAGAAAAAUGGGCCGGUUGCAGCAGCCGCCGAACGUGGGCUUAAGAAGGUUCGGGGUCGCCCACCCAAAAGUGCCGCUACAGGUGCAAAAAAGAACACUGGCCGGCCAAAGAAGAUGACAUCCACUGGCCUGAGCACUGUAGUGGCACAGAAUGGGGUGAAGAGGAAACGUGGACGCCCGCCCAAGGCUCAGGUCCAACCUCAGGCUCAGCCCAUUGUUGUUCCUUAUGCCAAUGAUGCCACUACCAAUUAUACCACUUCCAACAUUGGCGUGCCUAACACACCGAGGUCCAGGGGAAGGCCGUCCAAGAUCGCUGCUUUGCCUAUAGCUGUUGGAGGAGGGAAGCGGAGAGGUCGGCCACCGAAGGUUGCCGGUGUUAGUAAGCCCAUGAAACCCAAAAAAUCUACGGGGAAACCUGUAGGACGCCCAAAGAAGACAACCGAAGUACCUGUACAACAAACGUCAUUAACUGCAGCAUAUGGAGAUCUUCAGAGAAAGCUUCAAUUUUUUCAAUCAAAAGUCAAGCAAGCAGUCGACAUGCUAAAGCCUCAGUUCACCAGUGAAAGCAAUACCAGUGCAGUGGCUGUAAUCCAAGAGUUAGAAGGGCUUGCAGCAAUGGACAUUAGUGUACCCUUUAGAGAGGGAGCUUAGCCACCUUUGUUGCAAACUUAAGUACAACUGUACAACUGCAUCAUAUCUGUCAAUUUAUGUUCAAUUUGCGGUAUCAUUUUAAGGAUCAAAUAGUUGUAGAAAUGUUCCAACUUAGAAAAAAGGAAUUUUCUGUAAAGCGAGUAGGAAGUCGCAGAAUUAGUCGUCAUUGUUAUUGAAGCUUGUAGGUCUGUAACCUGUCAUGACUAUUGUCUGUACCGAGUUCAAAUUUUCGAUCUAAUAUGAUUACAUUUUAAUCUCCAUGAACGAACAUAAGAGACGCAUUUCAGGGUAUU